AUGUUGUCGCUAAGGAAUGCUAUUAGUAGACGAGCUCACAAGGAACGAGCUCAACCGCAUUCAAGGAGAAAAUUUGGGCUUCUUGAAAAGCACAAGGACUAUGUAGAGCAUGCACAAGUAUUCCACAAAAAGGAGCAGACUUUGCAAAAACUUAGGGAGAAAGCAGCUUUCAGAAACCCAUAUGAAUUUUACUUCCGGAUGAUCAAAACAAGAACUGUUGAUGGAGUCCAUAAAUUAGAGAGUGAGGCAAACAAAUACACUCAGGAAGAACUUAUGCUGAUGAAGACCCAAGAUAUGGGAUACAUUCUUCAGAAAUUGCAGAAUGAGAAAAAGGGAGAUAAAAUUGAAAAGCUGGCUGCUGUGCUGCACUCUCUUGAUAAUCAGCCGUCAAAUAGACGUGUUUACUAUGUUGAAGAAAGGAAAACAGCUGCUUCCUAUAGAGAACUAAAAGCAAGGAGGAAUAGAGUGAGUCAGUUGGAGAAACUCUAUAUGGAUAUGGAGUUGCAGAAGGAAUUACAGAAAAAGGGUCGGAAGCGAAAAUCAUGCGAAGAUGAGAUUGUUUGUCCCACCUCUAAAUCAGUAUACAAGUGGCGGCCAGAACGAAAGCGUUGAAAAGUUCUUUUUGAUGGAAUACAGCUGCAGUUGGGCCACUGAGACUUGAAUUUCUAACAGUAAAAGUAAAUGGAGAUCUUAAGUUGCAUUGUUAUCAGCAACUUUUACUUACAUUUUCUGUUGUAUAUCUAAAAUGUUGAUCUUGUAUGGAAAAAAGCUGAAACUACCUGCCUUUCGUUUGGCAAAUGAAAGGUGUUUGAGCUUUUGGUCAAUUUUGUAAACUAGUUUGUUCUUUUUAGGCAACUUUUGAGUAGUAGUGCUUGUCCAAGCAGCCGAGAUUCCCUUUU